CCAAUCAGAGCAGACCGUGUGGAAGUAAUGGCUCGCCUGCAGUUGUUCCUCUGCUGGUUCUUCUUGUGCGUUUGGGCGGCGGAGAGCGGAGAUAAGCCCAAGAAGAAGGACAUCAGGGACUACAAUGACGCGGACAUGGCGCGGCUGCUGGAGCAGUGGGAGGAAGAUGAUGACAUUGAAGAGGGGGACCUUCCGGAGCAUCGCCGCUCGCCUCCCCCGGUCGAUUUCUCCAAAGUAGACCCGUCCAAACCUGAGGAGCUGCUGAAGAUGUCCAAGAAGGGCCGAACCCUAAUGGUGUUUGCCACCGUGUCUGGAGAGCCCACUGAAAAGGAGACGGAGGAGGUCACCGGCUUGUGGCAAGGCAGUCUCUUCAAUGCCAACUUUGACAUCCAGAGGUUCGUGGUGGGCUCCAACAGGGUGAUCUUCAUGCUGCGGGACGGUAGCAUGGCCUGGGAGGUCAAGGACUUCCUGGUGGCUCAGGAGCGGUGUGCAGACGUCACCGUGGAGGGACAGGUGUUUCCGGGGAAGGGCGCAAACAAGGACGACCCGAAAUACAAGCAACAGAAAGAAGGCAGCGGCAAGAAGAGCAAAAAGUUGAAGUCUGAACUGUGAGGGAGCUGGUGGUCUGAAACACCUCUGACCAGCUCCAGAUCUGGGGGAGUUUGUGCUGGGAUGAAACUCGUCUGUAGAAGAUCUUCGGAUGAUGCAGCAGUUUCAAGUCAUGCUUCAUGACCACCUUCUACCCCCCUUCACCUGGAACUCUGUUCCCCUGCUCCCUCUGCCCCAACCCGGUUCCCCUCUGCCCCAACCCGGUUCCCCUCUGCCCCAACCCGGUUCCCCUCUGCCCCAACCCGGUUCCCCUCUGCCCCAACCCGGUUCCCCUCUGCCCCAACCCGGUUCCCCUCCUCCCUCUGCCCCAACCCGGUUCCCCUCCUCCCUCUGCCCCAACCCGGUUCCCCUCUGCCUCAACCCGGUUCCCCUCUGCCUCAACCCGGUUCCCCUCUGCCCCAACCCGGUUCCCCUCUGCCCCAACCCGGUUCCCCUCUGCCCCAACCCGGUUCCCCUCUGCCCCAACCCGGUUCCCCUCUGCCCCAACCCGGUUCCCCUCUGCCUCAACCCGGUUCCCCUCUGCCUCAACCCGGUUCCCCUCUGCCCCAACCCGGUUCCCCUCUGCCCCAACCCGGUUCCCCUCCUCCCUCUGCCCCAACCCGGUUCCCCUCUGCCCCAACCCGGUUCCCCUCUGCCCCUAACCCGGUACUUCUUGAACCCAUGGGUCUUUGACCGUGUGAACUUGUCUGGUCACAUCUCGACCAAGAUCCCCAUGGAAACCAACCAAUGCUCCUCGUUCUAGAAGGUACUCUGCUCAGCGUCCUUCAGGGACUAGUUGGAUCCGGAUGCAGUUUCGUUCCGAUACAGGCACAGAACCACUGACUGGAUCUUCCAGUUAGUGUAUGGUGUAAAAAGAGCACCUUACACCUCAUGCCAAACUUGUUAUUUUUCACUGAAUACUGAAAUAAACACUUUGAUAUCAAUGA